GGAUAUUAUUGGUAUUUAUCUCCCUUGAGAACUUCCGCGAAGUACGAGGCAGGUACAGUUGUACAGGUAGUUGCUAACAUCAUGGCUUCAGCUUUGGAAAGCUAUGUAAACAAAAUGGUGUCUAUAGUCACUGCAGACGGACGGAUAAUUGUGGGAACAUUGAAAGGUUUUGACCAGACAAUUAACCUUAUUCUUGAUGAGAGCCAUGAACGUGUUUUCAGCACCACACAAGGCAUGGAGCAGGUCAUCUUGGGACUAUACAUAGUGAGAGGAGACAAUGUUGCUGUUAUUGGUGAGGUGGACGAAGAGACAGAUAACAAUGUAGAUUUUGAUAACAUUCGGGCAGAACCUCUCAACCCUGUUUCCCACUGAAACAUUCAUCAGUAGUUUUAAAACAAAUCAUGUCAUCACCAUCCUGUUUCUACGGUUAUUUUGCCAUUAGAUAAUUAUAUUUGUGAAUCAAGUGUUUAAGAAGUCAUCUGCAGGUUUUACUUGUUUAUCUGGUUAGGAAACUCCAACUUUCAACUUAAUAUUAUUUUAAAACAUUCUUAUUCAUGCAAACAAGCAAUUGAGUGUGGUGCUGAAGCGAGUGAAACUGAAAGAUGUGAAUUUCUCUUUUAUUUUAUGCUAACUUUACAGAGGUAGGGCAGUUUUUUUUUUUUAUAAAUUUCUUUUCUUUUGUGGCUUGACUGUGGGUGAUGCCAAAACCAGGAAUUCAAAAUUUUUAAGAUAAGCAAACAGUGACUUUCUACAAAGAGCUGUCAUCUGUGCAACUUACCAGUUAUUAAUUAUAGACGUCAGACCUGCACAUUUUGCUGUUAGACUUUGUUCGGCCCUGUGUGCAAAUUAGAAAUUGGUUUCAUUUUAAUUCAUGGUCUUUAUAAUGAAUGUUUGUAUUUUGUACAUAAUUAAACUAGAGAAAUACUC